GAUUUUUCUGUGCAGGACACUUUCAUUUCAAAAACUCCAGACCUAGUCGUCUAUUUCAACGUUCUUUAAAGACUCCCGAGUCUCCUUUUUUCACCAGUUCCCUUCUUUCCGGUAGACCCGAGUCUUCAAACGUCAAAAUGCAUUCGUCCGCUUUCCUCCAGUCUUUCCUUCUCGCGAGUGCAAGUCUCUCCUUAGCUGGUCCAGUCUGGCCUCGUUUCUCGGUAGACAACACGCACUUGGAAGUCCUAGCACUACGAGCCUCGACGUCUGUGAACCCAGCCGCGGUGUCAGGUGUGACGUGUAUCGACAAGAACGUCAAUAUCGUCUUCCACGACCAAAAUGUCGCCGAGCUAGGUAUCUGCGGUGGCAUUGCAGGCACGAUUCAAAAGUGUGGCGGGUCUCCUCAGACCACCACAGGCACAUCCGGCACCGCUAAAUUCACGCUGAAGGCCGCAACAUCCGGCGCCACGAUCAACAUCUCCAAGGGCCGAUGGGAGCAGUGCGUGCGCGCAGCCAGAGCCGUGUGUCCGACAGGCAGCCUAAGCGGGACAUGCGCGGGCGGUGCAUCGACAGGAAACGUGGAUUUCACUCUCGCCUCGCCGUAGUGACACCCUCACUCUCUCAGCCACGAGCCAACCAAAUCUCCUUCCAACCUAGAGAUGUAAAAACG